AUGAUACAUCUUUUAGGAGCAGGAAGUAUAGGCAGCUUGGUGGCUGUAAAUCUAGCAAAGGGGCAGGUUCCUGUAACAUUACUGCUCCGAGGGAAGGAGCAACUAAAUAAGUUCACCAAGCUCGGGGGUGAUAUCAGUUUGAAAAGCCACGGAGAGACGCACGUCGCGAAUUUUCCGGCCGAAGUUGAGCCCAGCAGCAUCGAAAAUCUUAUUGUAUGCGUCAAAUGCCAUCAAAUUAAAGAGGCAGUCUUGAAGCAUUUACCAUUAAUCACCCCGCAAACGACAUUGCUAGUCAUUCACAACGGCAUGGGCGUUGAAGAGGACCUUUUACCGCUGUGGCCCAAAGCGUCGUCCCGGCCCAACAUCGUGUAUGGGCUGACCUCUUUAGGAUCAAAACGGCUGCCCUUUCCAUGGGUAUUCGAGCACACAGGAACAGCACCUAUUUAUUUAUCGGCACACAACACCCAAGUGAGCAAUUUGGACUUGGUCAAAAGUAUGGUCAGAUCGAGCUCGAUCGUGGCAUCCAAAGCGCUCCCUUACGGCGAUUUUCUGACCCGACAGUAUGAAAAGCUGGUGGUCAAUUCGGUGAUCAAUCCCAUGACAGCGAUUUUGGGCGUCUCGAACGGUGAUCUUCUGAAGUUUGAUGAAGGGACUCAGCUGCAGCGAUUAACCAGAGAAUCAUGCUCUAUUUUGAGUGAGUACGUGGCCACACACAAACCAGAGUACACGCAGACUAUCCAGCAGGCGCUUGAUGAAAGACGCAUGUACAGAAUUGUCCAGCAAGUUUGCAAAGACACAGCGUCCAACGCAUCGUCCAUGUUGGUAGACACCGAGAACGGGCACGAGACAGAAGUCGAUUACAUCAAUGGCUACAUCGUUGAUGCUGCAAAAAAAAUCAACCGCACAGCACAGCAAAAUCGGGUAAUGGUCAAUCUGGUCAAAAUGAAACGCGCGCAAAAUAAGCGCAUGCUCGAAUCUGGCUAUGUUCCUACUUUAGACCUUGAACUGUAA